AUGGCAAUAUUCGAAACAGUUAAAAUACAUGAGAUCACUCGAGUCAUCCCUUCCUCUGACUCGCCACAGUCAAUCAAUGAAUUCAGUCUUCCACUCACCAAGUUCCCUCCUGCUCUAGCCCUAUACUGGUACCAACUCACAAACUCCAAUUCCACACCUUCCUAUUUCAACUCACAAAUCCUCCCUACACUGAAGCAAUCUCUUUCUCUUGCACUUGCCUACUACCUUCCUUUAGCUGGUUACCUCAAGCGGCCUUUAGGGUCUUCCAAGCCCAUCGUAUCAUACACUCCAAAUGAUGGCGUUACUCUCACGGUUGCCGAGUCCAAUGUAGCCAACUUCGACACCCUGAUUAGCAACGAGAUGCAUCAAGCAACGGACUUGCAUCCUUUGGUACCUCACUUGAUUUUGUCUGAUGAUAAAGCGGAAAUACUAGCUUUGCAAAUAACACUAUUCCCUCAUCAAGGGUUCUGCAUCGGCACAUCAGCACGCCAUUCAGUGGUUGACGGUAACACCCGCAAGAGCAUUAUCAAAGAUCCAACCGGACUGGACAUGCUUUUCUUGAACAAAUGGCUAGCUAUUUUCGAUGAGGCUCAAGAACCUAACACGAGGAGCCUGAAAAUCCCACACCAGUUUCCACCAGUUUCCCAGGAGAUGGUUCGAGCCAGGUUUGAGUUUAGCAGCAAAGAUGUCCAACAACUUAGAGAGAAGGCUUUAUCUAAGUUAGUGAUCACCAAUGAAAAAAAAUAUCACCCCUCAACUUUUGUGCUUACACUUGCUUAUACAGCCACCUGUCUGGUUAAACCAAAGGAGAAAGUGAUAGGGUUGUAUUUCGGAAUGGACUGCAGGAGCCGUCUAGACCCUCCCGUGCCAUUAACAUACUUCGGUAACUGCGUUAUGAACUAUUCAAGCUCUGCAGAAGCAAGAAAUUUCAUGGGAGGAAAUGGUUUUGGCUUCGCUGUAGAGAUGGUGAGCGACACGAUCCAAAAGAUAAAAAAAGGGGUUGUCGAAGGUGCUGAAAAGGAUGUUUCGAAUUUUUAUACUCUAAAACCAGGUACGCAGUUAAUUAUCGUUGCUGGUUAA